UCACUAUUAUUAUUAGCUGUAAGAUCAACUUAUUAGAGCAUAAGUUUUAUUGGUAAAGUAUUUUGUGAUUAAUGAUCUGUAUUUUCACAUAUGGUUAGGAUAUCAGAUGAGAUUCUUACGACAGAUUAAAGAGUUUGAAUUACAAGAUUUGUCUGACAAACAAGUGAAAGAAAAUGGCCAUUAUGAAGAGGGCAAGCAAAAUAAUUCAUAUAUAUUAAAUGAAUUAAUUGUUUAAACUAACACCUCAAGAAUUGGCAACUAGAAAGGAUAUUGUAGUAUUAAGUGAUAAAGGAUUACGUUUUAGAGAAGAGAUAAAAUCAUAAGAAUAAUAUGAUUUAGAUGAUUUUCAUUUGCCUUAAAGUAAUUUCUAUCAUUGUACAUUUAAGUCAACUCUUAAAAAGAUAAACCAUAUACUAGAAGAUAAGUACUCUAAGGAGAAAAACCAUCAGAAUUAUUAGUAGCUGAUUUAAAAAAAGAACUAAAUAUCAGUAGACCAUAUAUGGAGAAAGCAUUAGAGAAAAUGACUGCAAAAAUUACUCAAGAAAAACCAUCUGCAGCAAUAAACUCAAAAUUAUAAAGACUUUAUCAAGAAUUAGAUAGACAUACACGUUUAUUAGAAAAGAAAAAAGUUAAGUUUCAAAAGAAGCCAAUUGAAUAAUAAAUACAGGAUUAAACUUCAAUUUUGGAAGAAUCAGAAUUCUAAGAUAAAGUAGCAUCUAUUAAUGCUUUAGAAGCAAGAUUAUGGAGAAUGCAAUAAAACUAUUAGAAUGAAAUUAACAUUCGAGAGGAUACUUUAAAAGUAGCUAUAACUAUCUUACUUGUAGAAAGUUAAGCAAAAUUUAAAUGUGAUGAGGAUUUAAAAGGAAGCUGAAAUAGAACAGGUUCCAGUCCCUGUCUAAGUAGAAUAGCUUUAAUAAUCUUAAUAUCUCGAUAGGAAAUAAGUUAGACUUAAAGAUUAUUAAAAAUAUAAAUUUGAAGUAAUUUAUACUGUUAUACAUAGAAAAUAUGGAAUAAGUAACCUCCUCCAUCUUAUACUUCUAAAUAAAUUUUAAUCGAAGAGGAGAGAAAGAAACAACUUCAAUUAAUAAAAGAAUAAUAGGAAUAUGAGUAAGAAUUAUUGCGAAGAAAUGGUCAUUCUAAUAUGAUUGGUAAUUUUAAUGAUCAUGUCUAAGAAUAACAUGAAUAAUGA